AUGGAUGAUUGGCUCCAGCGUGUCCUCGAGGUGUUAAGCUCGUCCUCCACUCACCUUGAGGAUAAUUUUGAUAAGGUGCAGAGUAUCCUGUGGGCAAUUUGGACUGGCCGUAACAAAGCCGUUUUCCAAGCUGAAUCCCCCAAUCCAGUUCAAACAAUCAGGAAAAUUCAAGGACUGUAUAUGGACACUGCUACAAGAAGAGAGGGGAAUCGAGACAACAGAACAGGGGUUAGUCUAGAUGAAGGAAACAGAGGGAGAACUAGGGAGGUUACCAAGUGGAAGCCACCAGAACCAGAGUUCACCAAGUGCAAUGUAGACGCGAGUUGGGAUAAACAAACACAUUUAGGAAGCUCUGGAAUCAUCCUACGGGACAGCGAGGGUAAAUUCCUCACUGGAGUGGCAUGCAAACAGAGAUCCCCUUCACCGCUCACAUCGGAAGCACUGGCACUGAGAGAUGGGAUGAUCUUAGCAGGUAACUUGGGAAUAACCAUGAUGGUUUUUGAAUCAGAUUGCCUCACUCUCAUUGACGCCUGCAAGAAGAAAAAAUUUGUGGGUGAGAUCUGCAACAUUGUUCUGGAUAUCCUAAGUCUUGGCAGAAAUUUUGAUCAUUGUGAAUUCUCCUGGACCCCCAGAGAAGGGAACAAGAUUGCUCAUCUAGUGGCCUCCAAAGCUGCAGGCAAUAGUCUCCCAGUGGGGUGGUGUACAACCCUUCCUAGGUACUUGGCCCUUGCAAUUCAAGCAGAUACCCCGAGGAGAAGCUAG